CGGAUGCAGGCCCGCUCGCCCCAGUAUGUGUUUGCUUCACCCAGCUGCGGCCGCAUGUACCUUGAUAACUGCAUGUGAAGCGAACGAGGGUUAGGGUAUGGUGAGGCUGGCUCUCGCCUGUCAACUCCCAGCGAACCCCGCGAUGGGCACGCCACAUGCCAAAAGGUUCCCGUCUUCCACCCGAUGCCUGAUUACUGAUCUCAGUCAAACUUCACGACGCAGCAACACAGCGUUUCGAUUCACAUUGUUGGCUUCGAACUGUCCAUUUUCCGACGACACCGACUACACCGACAAGACAAUCCACUCUCCCCCGAUCAUGGCCGACGCCGUCAACCACAUUUCGUCGCACAGCGACUUCGACAAGCUCCUGUCGACCACACGAUACGUGAUCGUCGACUUUUACGCCGACUGGUGCGGGCCGUGCAAAAUGAUCGCUCCCCACUUUCUCAAGAUGGCCACGACAUACUCGAUCCCGGGCUUCCUAGUCUUCGCUAAAGUCAACGUCGACAACGUCGGGUCGGUCGCGCAAAAAUACGGCAUCACCGCCAUGCCCACGUUCAUGUUCUUCAAGGAGGGGAAACAGGUUGCUGUCAACGGCAAUGUUACGAUACAAGGCGCGAAUCUGCCGACUCUGACACAGGCGGCCGAGAAGAUGGGGAAGCUGGCCAAGGAGAAGGCUGCCGCCGCGGCCGCCGGGAGCUCAUAGAGAGACGGAGAGGCCGUCAAGCCAGUGAUGCCUCCAUAUCGCCAGACUCGAAGGGACAGGCGGAUUUAGUGUACAGUUCUGAAAGAUACCCAAGAAGUUUUGUUGACAAACCGCGGGCCCGAAUGGCCACAACCGCGUCCUGACAAGUUGGCAAUAGACCUCGUCCAUCCACUCCCAGCUUACCCUCCGACUUGACC